CGGUACUCUUCGCCCCCAGAAGCCUUGGUUUACGUUACAAUUUUGCUUCUGUUGGUAUCUUGGACUCCAAUUGCUAGGAGCUAGGAAGGCUGUCCGAAUGGGGAUUCCGGGACUUAUCCAUGCGAUUGGCGCGGGAGAACGACUUUCUCUAUCUAGAUUGGCCGUAACCCAUUUGGAACGCACAGCAAAACCUAUUCGUAUUGCCGUGGACAUUUCAAUAUGGCUGUUUCAAGUGCAAGCCGGCCGGGGUGGGAGGAACCCAGAACUGCGCACAUUAUUCUACAGAUUACUGAAAAUCUUGGCACUCCCAAUUCAUCCUCUCUUUGUGUAUGAUGGCAAGAAUAAGCCGCCUUUCAAGAGAGGCAAAGCUGUGUCAGGACGCAGUUAUGGAAGUGCUCCAAUCAUUCGACUUUCCAAGAUCCUAGUCGAUUUAUUCAAAUUUCCUCGCCACGAGGCACCAGGAGAAGCAGAAGCAGAGUGUGCAAGGCUGCAAAGGGCAGGAGUUGUUGAUGCGGUCAUGAGCAAUGACGUCGACGCUCUAAUGUUUGGAUCAACCUUUACAGUCAUGGGGUUUUCAAAAGAAAGCGGUACUGGUUCAGCGGCGGCGACGCAUGUUACCUGCUACCGCAUGGACGGCGCUGGAGAGCCAUCGAGUGUGAUGCUAGAUCGCGCAGGCAUGAUUCUGUUUGCCAUGCUGAGUGGUGGUGAUUACUUGCCGUCGGGAGUCCCCAAGUGCGGUAGCAAGCUCGCUGGCGAGAUUGCAAAAGCUGGUUUCGGCGCCGACCUUCUUGAAAUACUUGACUCAGGCUGCGAUGACCUCGAUGUAAAAUUGAGUGAAUGGAGAGAAAGACUCCAGUAUGAGCUUGAAGAAAACGAAAGUGGUUAUUUUCAGACCAAACAUAAAGCCGUCCGGAUUCCGGACACGUUUCCAGAUAGGAUGAUCCUGUCGUAUUAUGCAAAACCUGUGGUAUCAACGACAAGCGAUAUAGUGGCCCUUGAGCAACGCUUGGUGAAUGCCUGGGACAAAGACAUCGAUGUUGUGGAACUGAGGAGGUUUGCUGCGAACACCUUUGAAUGGAACUACCGCUCUGGGGCAAGGAAAGUGACUAAGUUACUUUCAGAACCGCUUGUCUCUUACCGACUACGCCUUGGAAGACAAGUAUCGGCCUUUCCUGAAAAUGGUCCCAAAUUAUCCAACAGCAACGUUCCAAUGCUGCAGAAAAUCUACAAAAGCCGAUCGAGCUACAGUACCGACGGGUUAACGGAGUUCCAGCUUGACAUUGUUCCUGUCGACGUUGUUGGUUUGAAUAUACUUGCUGAUGAGCCAAACCCUCCACUCCCUUCUCAAGGAUCGACGGUGUCGGGUGAUGAAGAAGAAGAGCUAGAGAAUGAGGUAGUGUCAGUGCCUCAGUCUCCAGCCAAGAAACGUGUCACAAAGCGUUAUGAUCCUUACGCCUCCGAAAAGGUGUGGGUUUUUGAAGCCUUGGCCACAAUAGGUAUUCCAGAAGUUGUGGAAAAUUGGAGAAGAGAGCAAGCUGAGAAGGCGGCUCCGAAGAAGCCAACAGCUCGGAAAACAGGCCCUAGGAAAAAGGGGCCUAUAGAUCCGGGAAUGAAGCGAGGCAGCAUUUUGAAGUAUGGCACUCUCACAAAGGAGCACACUGGAAUCUCUAGUUUUAAGAGCGCAGCGCUUUUGGAGGCAGCUGUCUCCACUGAAUCGCCCUUGAAGCCCAGCCAGUCGAGUUCCCCCAGCAGCAAUCGUUGACUGACGAGAACGAAGAUUAUCUGAGCUUUGAUGAUCUAGUUGACCGGUUUUCCACGUUGUGUCACUUAUCAUCCAAGGCAGAUGCUA